AUGGAAUUCUUGAGCAACAUAUAUGACAAGGUCCUGUCCGGUUAUGUGUCCACCGACGUGUUUAAAUAUAAGACGUGGCAAGAGGGCGUGCUGGGGAAAGACAGAAGCGCCUGCAACGGAGAAGGAAAUGAUAACGAUACAGACACCGUGAAGAGAAAGCUAGAAGAAAUUCUGGGGACCUUCGUGAAAAAUGGAAAAAUAUCACACGCUCUAUGGGCCCAACACAAAAUGUUCAUAGGAGACGAAGGAAUAUAUAUCCUAGGGGAAGUCAUAACCAUUUGUCAAAUUGUGGAGUUUAUCGACGCAGAUGACCUGGUUGAUAUCAACAGCAACGAGGAAUUCAAGGCCAACAUUUUGGAAGAGCUAAAAAGGAGGUUAAAUAUAAAAAGGAAAACGGAAAUGUUGGAGGAGAAGAUUAUUACCAACAUAUCCAUGUGUAACAGCAAUUUUGAUGAGGACGACGGGAGUGGCGACGGGGAUGAUGACGUGAAUGGCGAGGCGAAUAAGGACGAUCAUGAGGGGGAUGCCGAUGGGGACCGUGGAGGUGGAGGUCGCGGCUUCGGUGAAGCGAACAGGAUGGAUAAAAAAAGAAGGAAGAAAAAAAAAACGGACAAUCACAACCAUAAGGGAAACGAUGAUGAAAGUAGCUACAAUGACAGCAGCUACAACGAAAGCAGCUAUAACGAAAGCAGCUACAAUGAAAGCAACUACAACGACAGCAGCUGUAACGACAGCAGCUGUAACGACCAUCAACGUGAUGACAGCCAACGUGAUGGAAACCACCGUGAUGAAAACCAACGUGAUGACAGCCAACGUGAUGACGACCACCGUGAUGACUCCAAGCUGGGAGACAAAAACGCAGUGUCCAAUUUCGUCGAAAUGCUGUGCGCAGGAAAAACGAAUAAAUUUGGGUUUUGCGAAUACGACCAAAAGUUCAAUGACAGAUACAAUCUAAAGAAUAGUAAAAACGACCGCAAGUCGUCCAAGUCGUUAGAACAUUGCAUAUUACCCUUUCGAGAGGACUACGAACACAAAUAUGUGUGCCUGCUACUGAACCACUCAGGGAAACAAGAAGCGAGGAUAUUAAGAUUUAGUAGAAACUGUGUAAGUACUAAUAAAUUAUUGGACACUCUAAAAGGAACAGUCACCUUCUUAAAUGAGCUGCGGUUUUUAUUUAAAUUUUUUAGAUCACAGGUGGUGUUAAAAGAUAGGAUUUAUGGAGAGUUCUGUGCGUAUAUAAAAUUUCAUAGAAGCGAUCCCAAUUUUAGUGGCACCAAAGCCAUGAAUGAAUUUUUUAAUUCUCUAAAUGAUAGUGCAUUGAAGCAGCUGUUCUUUGGCUUAAAUGAACAGAAUUUGAAUUUGCUGGAAGAGGCAAUAUCCUAUUGCCCCAUCGCUACCUUUUCCUUUUUUAAGAAUAUUAAGCUUUUGAAAAAGAUCAAUGUGAAUGCCACUAGGCGGACGUGGAAGGCCGUUUGCGGGUUGCAAAAGUUGUACAAAAAUUUGAAGAAGGUGCGGGAAAAAAUGGCGCUCGAAGACCCCCGGUUCGCCUGCGAGGAGUACAGCUCCUGCGUUGGCAGCAGCGGUAGCGUUGGCGCCAACCGCCACGGUAACAGUAAUGAUGAUGGCAACCACAAUCAGGGAAGCCACUAUCAAGGCAGUCGUCACAGCAGCAGUCAUGCCUACCCCCCCUCCAGCGAGCACACCCAACUGGCACACGCACAAGGUAAUAACGCCCAUCCCCGAGAAACGAAAUUGCUGCAUGCGAAAGAAAGAGAGUUAUCCUUUAGGAGCAGUAGUAGCAGUGUUCACGCCGGUGGAACGAGCGGCAGUGCCGUCGCGAGUUCGAGCGCCUGCACGAGCACGUGUUCCGUUGUGUGCACCGUUAACAAUUGCAACCAUAGUAGCGGUCACGUGAGCAGAGGCAUCGUAGGCCUAGGCAGCAAAAAAAAUAAAAGCGAUUUAUUUACGGAUAAAUCAGAAAAUAAAGAAUACAACCACCAAAUGUAUAGCAACUCAUUAGAUUUACACAACGAAGAAAAAAAAAAUAAAAAUGUAGAAAUUAACCAACUAAAUGACACCUGUUUAUAUGUUACCUCAGAUGAAGAGGGUCUUCAAAUGGCCAGGAGUAACAACAUCACGAGUGAGUUAAGCGGCGCGAACAGAACUAUCGAGGAGAAUAACAAAACGUUACUAGACCAAACGAAUAAAAUGUUCGUAGAUGAUAGUUACAGGACGGUGGAUGAAAUGGGGAGACGUUUAAGUGAAAACAGAUUGAUGAGGGAAAAUUCCUUGGAUGAUGUAAGGGCUAAUAUGAUAAAAUUAUUUAAGACGUACGGGGGGCAGUGUCGUAUAGGGAAAGUACAGGGCAGAUGUGAAGACGCGACGUUUCAAACAGAUAUACCUCCAGCCUUUGGCAUAUUCGAUGGAGUGGGUUCGUGGAGUUUGGAAGGAAUAGACGCUUCUAAAUUUUCCAUCGGUUUGUCACUUGCUUGCCAGAGGGAGGCAGAAAAAUUAUCGAAAAAUUUAAACGACUAUGCAAAGGUGUCCUACAACACCAUCAUCAGAUCGAAGCUGCUGUUGAGAAAUUCACUAGAUAGUGUAAAGAAGGAGUAUGCAGAUGCGUAUGGCAGCUCGACCGCCAUCGUAGGGUUGAUAGAUGAAUAUACGGGGAAGUGCGGGAUAGCCUCCUUAGGAGACAGCGUGUGUAUGAUUCUUCGAAGGGAGUUCCUUCCAGGGGAUAUAAAUUUCGAAAGAGAAACUUACCCGAAAUUUCCAGUGGAAUCUUUUUUGUAUUAUAAUAAUAAAGGAAGGAACCCCUCCAUAGUACGUAAAAUUAUAUGGAAGACAAGCGAACAGAAAUGGGAGAACGGAGCCCCCUACCAACUAUCCAAUUUACCUGACCGUAGUCAAUGGAAAGAUUUAGAGAAUAGAGGGCUACACAGUUUUGUAAAGAUAUUAGAAAAGGUAGAUAUUGAUGGAGAUCCACCUGAAGCCGCUGUGAGCCCCCCCUCGGAAAUUUUAUGUAUGCCCGGAGAUUUGAUCUUACUAAUGAGUGAUGGUGUGAGUGACAACCUCUUCGAUGAAGAAAUAGAAGCCUACUGCACCUUUGCCAUCAGCCCAGAAGAAGCAUGCGAAUUGGGAGACCCAAGUGCAUUCACCCCUGCUCAGGAUAUAGCCUAUUCCAUUACGAACAUAGCUAAGAGGAGAAGUGGAGACAAACUUCACUGCAAGCCUUUUUUUCCAUUUCUUGGAAAGUACAGAGAACCAAAUAGAACCUACAAAGGCAACAAGGUAGAUGAUAUUUCCUGUGUUGCCAUAUGGGUAGUCUGCGAAACGGAAGACAGUGUAAAAAAUUUCGUUGCUAACCCGGAUGAGCCGUCUAUACUGGAAACGGAUAAAUACUACUCGAAUAAUUAUUUCCAACAUUUUAACAAAAUUACGGACAUUUGUACACCUACGAAGAAGUUUAUUAAAGAGAAGAAUCGUAUCGAGCGUGUCAAUUUGCAACACGUUACCAUGGAGUCCGAUAGGGGAGGCGGGGAGAGGGCGAACGCACACGGAAAUUUUAGCCACUCCAAUAGCUCCAUUAUGAAUGCCAAUUUUUCUGCCAACUUUUUCGAUUCCUCCGAGACGCCCAUUAAGUUUAGCCUGUCCGAUGACAACAAGUAUCAGGACUUGAGCGACAUGGUGCUGAAGGAGGAGGAUGACGAGCAUGGCGAUGACAUGAGCGGGGAUGCCGCCAAUAGUCACGAUGCCGCCAAUAGCGACGAUGCCCCCAACUGCCACGAUGAAGAGGGCGCCCUGGCGCGUGACCACCCCGGCGAAAUCGACUCGAACAAGCUGAGCGACGACAUGGACUCCAUGAAGACGCCAAACAGCAACAGCCUAAAGUCAAGGUUCAAAGACCAAAUCUUCAACCGGGAUGAUUUCGACCACACCCCGAGGCAGAGAAUAUCAGAUGAUCGCCUAGAAGAACAUAUAGAGAGGAUAAAUAACAUGUACAUUAAGACGCCCAUUUUGCACAUCGAUAAGAAUUUCAAGACCAACAAAACAAGUGUAAGAAAAACCAAGGCGUCCAACAGGGGAAAAGUCAUGGGCAAUAAAAAAAUGGAACAAGCAGACAUGUCAAGCAUGCUGAAUUACGAAACGCCUAAGAAGCAAAUGAUGAUGAGAGGAGGGGCGAAGGAAAAAGCGAGCGUAGUCACAUCGAUGAAUGAAAGCGCAGUUAUGAAUUCAUUUAUAAAUAAUGAAACUCCCGUUAAGUCCAGUAUCACCAAGGAUACUUCAUUGAAGGUGGAUAAAAAAAUUACAAAAAAUAAGAGAAAGGCGGUCUUCAAUUUUGAUAAAAAUGAGUCCCCAAGUAAAAUUGGCUACUCCAAAAAGAGGAGCAAAAAGUCUUAG